CCGUUGCCUUUUAGCUCACGAAGGUUCAGGUGACCCCCCUGAGCACUGCCUGGCGCCCCCCGUCGACGAGGGCUGCCCCGUCGGGGCCUCUCCCGCAAGGCAUGGCCACACCGCCGGGGGCGCCCCGAGGCCACCCGCCCGUGGACGUGCCGCCACAGGCGGCCCGCCGCCUCAGCUCCGACAGUGGGGCGCCGCCCGACCCGGCCGCGCGUGUCGCCCGCGACCUGUGCCCGCCCGUGGACGUGCCGCCACUGGAGGCCCGCCGCUUGAGUUCGCCCAGAGGCAUGUUCGGCAGUGGGGCGCCGCUCGACCCGGCCGCGGGGGUCGCCCGCGACCUGUGGUACGAGCUCUUCAUGCGCUUGGACGACUACAUGGAGCAGGUGGGGAACAUGAUGUCGGAGGCCUCGGAGGAGCGGCGGUCGCUGGCGGCGGCCGCGGGCGAGCGCCACGGCGAGCUCCUCCAGAGAGUGACCCAGGUGAGCUCCGAGGUCUCGGGCUUCAGGCCGCCCUCCCGCCGGCGGACCUCCGCCGCCAGCACGGCGCCGCACGAGGAGCGGGCAGCGGCCGGCGCUGAGGGUGACGGCGGCGGUGCGGUUGGCAUUCGCCAGGCCAUGAUCUCGCCCCACCAGAUCGCCAGCAGAUCGCCAGCAGAUCGACCGAGCACGAGGAGCUCCUGCGGCUCCUUCAUGGAGACGCAGUCUGCGGAGCCGCCGACGGGAGCCUGCACGGCCGAGGGCAACACCGAUGAGGAGGCGGUUGUGCAGCCUUUCGCUGCCUCGUCUAAGGUGCAGCCUGGUAAGCGGUUUUCCCGCGGCCCGACCUCGUUUCCGACGGAGGAGCAGGCGAUGGCGUGUCCCAGCGGCGACGUCACGCCCGUCUCUCCCGGAUCGCCGCCGGUGCCCUUCCCCCCGCCGCCGCCGGGCACGGAGAAGUUGGGGAUGGCCAAGCCCAGCUUCUACGACGUGCCCAUGGUCGACCCCUACAAGCAAAGCCACACAUCGGGCUCAACGGCAAGAGAUCGUAUGACCUGGUGUUACGAGGCGUGGAUGAAUCUCAAGGAGCCAGAACGCACAGGCCUUCUUGCUAACCUGGAGAGGCGGGGACGUGCAGUGUUCGGAUUUGUUAUCUUCGCAAAUGCAUGCUGGAUGACUUGGUUUGUCGAUCAUCAGGCGAAGAACUUGGGCAAUGCCGAUGACUGGGCGUAUGAAGUCGAGAAGGCUUUCCUGAUUAUAUAUUGUCUAGAGCUCGCCCUAGCAAUUGCAGUGCAUAAGUAUUUCUUCUUCUGCAACGAUGACGCUGGUUGGAAUUUGUUAGAUUUCCUGAUCGUUUCCAUUGACGCCGUGCAGGCAGUACUGGCAAGUCGGAGCUCCGGGCAAUUCACCGUCGGGCGCGUUCUCAGAGCUCUGAAGAUCAUCCGGGUGCUCCGUGUCUUCCGGCUCAUCCAUUUCUUGAAGGAAUUGCGCCUCAUUUGGGAUUGUAUGAUCGGAUCUAUCUUCUCAUUGUUUUGGAGUAUGGUUAUGAUGGUGUUAAUCAUUUUCAUGUUCUCUCUUGUUUUCGUGCAGGGCGCUUCAAUGUAUUUGUUGGCGAGCCCCGACGAAGAUGACGGAAAAGUGUUGAAGCUCGUCGAAAACUUCGGCUCCAUUGAAGAUUCGAUCAUCAGUCUUUAUUCAGCUAUCAGUGGAGGAAGGGACUGGGGCGAGGUGUACCAGGCCAUCGCACCUGCUGGGACCGUGUACGCGUCGCUAUUUUUGCUGUUCGUCGGAUUCUGCCAUGUCAGUUUGCUCAACAUUCUGACUGGUAUUUUCGUCGAGAAUGCCUUGGCUCAGGCUCAGCCGACAAAAGAGCAAUUGGCAAUGGAGAAGCACCGAGAAGAACUUGCGAUGACGAAUGAGCUCCGCAGGUUUCUCGAAAGCUUUGAUACGGUUGGUCAUGGGCGCCUCGAUGUGGAUGAGUUCUUCGACAUGGUAGUUGGCAGCCAUCUGCAUGCCUACUUACACUCCAUUGGUGUCAGCGUGAAGGAGCUCAGAGAGUUUGUGGUGUUCGUUGGUGCAGACAAGAAGGGAUCAAUCAGCGUGGAUUCGCUGAUUCAUGGAUGCUUCCUUGUACGAGGUAACGCCCGCAAUUUGGAUAUGCAGCGCGCCCUCCUCGACAUCAAGCGCAUCAGGCUUAACCAAGACUGGAUGGUCCGCGCUCUGAGUGCCCAGUGGGGUGUCAGGGUCACGUCUCAGAGGGAGCCUCACCUUCGAGUCUGGGGCUCGAUGACCGAGUCACAGACACUGGAGGAUGUCGAUUGCGAUAGUGAAGGCCAGUGAUCUGCCGCAUGGCCACGCGCGCAAAGAUCGGCCGCUGCUGCAGUAGAGACUUGCCGCUUAUGUAGAAUCGCGGCACUCCUUGGGGGCUCGGCAGGCGCAGCUGCAGUCUUGUGUGCUUCGGCGGCUCGACCUUGUCGAUCAGCAGGCCUGGCAGGCCCAAGGGAAGUGCUCAAUGCCUCCCAUGCCGUGGGUCCGCGGAUUUCAUGGAUACCCAAAGCGGUGGAGCCUGGCACCCUUCGCAGCGGUUCCGCCACAGCGGUCGUGUUUAUGUUUCUCGGAGGUCAAGUGGUCGGCAAAGACGGCCCAAGAGGACUCAAGACGCUUGAGAUUGCCUCCAAGACAGCCCCGAAGCGCUCCAAGCGGGCUCGAAGACGGCGAAGACAGGCCUCAAAGACGAUUUCCAGUAGCAGCCUGCUCUUCGAACUCAGUACGGGGCCUGGUGGGGAGACCUCCCUCUUGGGGCUGGGUACUCUGGGCGCCAUCUGCCAAGACCAGCAGCUCGUUUGGCUCGCGCCUGGGUCGAAGCAGAAUGGUUCAGGGAACUUAUAAUAUUAUAUAGCGGGCCCUGGAGGGGGAACGCGAAUCGACGUUGGCGCCAGCAGCACAAGUAUCCGUUUCAGCAGCAUCGCUAAUAUGCGAAGUAUCGCGUCCACCACGGCUUCAGUACGAUGCAGCGGCGAGGACUCUGCUAGACAAGCGGUUAUAUGUGCUUGUGCACCGCGCACUGGGCUCAAUAUUUGUGGCGUGCACAUGUCCUCCACGAGUCCAGUCAAGCGUAAGAGGCUCGCUGCUCUUCUGAUGGCAACACUCGCCGCCGAUACUCACACGCUGCAAUGCGCCGUGGCGCCUUGCAAAAAGGGUGGAGCCUUGCAAAACAAAAGGAACUUAUAAUUUCCUGCUUCCUGCUAACGCGUCUGUGCGAGCAAAGGCUUGUGCAUGAUCGUGUACUGACCAGGCACUUGAGAAGUGUCGCUGGCAAUGUCCGUGUAGUGCUGAGUUGCGUCUGUGCGGACCUGCGAACUCACGUGCCGUGUAGUGAGUUUAAUGCCCCAAAGCCUGUGUGCAUACGUGAGGUCACCAAUGCGCUGAAAACGUUGCAACUACUCGUGCACUCCUGGAUAAUGUUGGAGCCCUGCUAAUAUCCUAGACGCGCCUGCAGGAGGGGCCAAGCAGGACCAUACUUUGGAGCCCAUCGUAACCCAUGUGCUAGUUGAUCGUUUUCCAAGCUUACUUGAUCCGUGCUCACCCG